CCCCAGACGGCCUCCAGAUGGCCCAAGAGGCCCCCAAGGAUACCCAAGAGGCUUCCGUAGCCAUUUUGGCUCAAGCCGUUUUGGCUCACGCCUGGGGCUCAGGCAUGGGUGGCCGAAGGUGGUAGCCGUGACCGUCGCUUCUUCCACCGCGCAGUCUUUCUUCUCGACGGGCCAAUGUCGUCGAAGUGCCAGCGUCUCUUCCUGGCCGUCUCGAGCCUCACGGCGGUGUUCCUGUUUUCUGGCAUCGUGUUCGGAUGGGCAGCUUUUAACCAGAUGUUGCUUAAAAAAGGCUACUACGCGCACAAGUGCGGUCCCGAAGAUCCUGUCCACUGUGAUGCGCAGAUUGGGGCCCUAAACGCAGCAUUUACGGCUGCGUCGACCGCGGUGUCUUUGGUGGCUCUUCCAGCAGGCAUUUUCCUGGAUUCGUGCGGUCCAAUGCUAGGUGCAUUGGUGGCUGGGGUCUUGAACGUCAUAGGCCUCAUCGGCAUGGCCCUUCCCAACACAAUCGGUAGCGAAGAGCACGAUUUGUUCCUGUAUGCUCUUGUCGUCCAGGCCAUCGGGGGAUCACUCACCUUGUUCUGUGGAUAUACGGUACCGUUUCUCUGUCCUAGCCGCGCCACCCUGCUGAUUGAAACGAAUAGUUGCCUCUUCGACGCCAGUACAAUCAUUUUCCCGAUCUUCAAGAUACUGUUCGACGCGGGGUUUUCUUUCGAGGGUAUUUUCGAAAUCUACGCGGGCGUUGCCGCCGUGAGUUUCUUCUUGCUGGUGGUCGCCUGGAGCUUCUCCAUCAAGGAUCUCAAGGAGAUUAAGGAACGUGCCGGCGACGCACCCGCUGAUGGGAAUACCGAAGCCCUCUCUGCGAGGCCUUUCGGGGCUCAGCUUCGCACCUUGGAGUUUGUAGCCAUCUUUGUGUUCACGACCAUACAGAUUCCACGAUCGAAUAUUUACAUGGGGAGCGUGGACCUGGUGAACAAGCACAUCGUCGAUCAGAGCGGGCAGGUGAAAUACUUGGAUACGGUCGGGACCAUCAUCGGGCUCGUCAUCCCCUUUGGCUUCCUCUCCGUUCCGCUGAUUGAGCUCUGCGUCCACCGAGGAGGUAUCAUGUUUACCGUCUACCUCACCACCGUGAUUGGCUGGAUCUACAUCGGCUUGCAGUUCGUCCCAGAGCUUUUCACGCAGCUCGGCACGGUCGUGGUCUUUGCCGCGUGGCGGGCGUUUUUGUUCAGCAUCAUCAGCGCGUACAACGCGGAGUUCUUUGGGCCGCGGUCGAUGGGUCGCGUCAUGGGCCUCUCGUUCCUGUUUUCUGGGCUUGCCAAUUUCGUCCAGGCGCCUCUGAUAUCAUGGACGUUGGAUGCCCAGAGCGGGGACUUCACCUGGACGCUGCUCAUCAUCCUGCUGGUAUCCGUACCUUUGCCCCUCCUGUUCGUCGCCGUUCAGGUGAAGCAGAGAAGAAUGGGCACGUUUGUCGCACGUACGUCUAGCGUCGUGCGUGGCGAGUCCAUGCACAUGACCCGUGUUCUGACGCAUGGUACCGCGGGCGGAGGGCCAGAACCACAUUUGUUAAACGAUGCUAUAGAGCGCUCGAGGUCGACUUCCUCUUCCUCCUCCUCUUCCUCCUCCUCCUCCGUGCGUUCGCUCACUUUAGCGGGCCGAUUUUCGUGACAUUUUCGUUGCGUGUCGUCGCGCUUCUGGCCUUGACGAUGGGUGCCGUCAAAGCCCCCUUGAGGGGAUGCGGAUUCAAUACGACAUCAGAGCUGUGGAAGAUGUUGGGCGUGGAAAAAAAAGGAUACCCAAGAGGCUUCC